AUGAAAAGCGCACUCAAUCGAGAAUUGUGUGCGAUGCGAGUGGAAGGCAUUUAUGAAGCACAAGUGCCAAUCGAGUUUAGAGCGAUCCUCGAGUUGGGAUCGUGUUGUAAACUGAAAACUGAUCGAUCGUCGACAUUCACAAUGACAAGUGUCAAUUUAGAGCAGCUGGAAGCGGUGACCGAUGCAGAAUAUUUGCCUGAGAAGAGCAUUCGAAGUGCGUAUUAUUAUGAGUAUCGACAGGAUAAGUUUUGUGUUAUUGCGGUCAUUAACACGGCAGCGAACGAUGCGAUUAUCGUUGGUGUGAAUAUGGAAUUCCCGAAUGUCACAAAAAUUUAUGACAACGAAAAAGCAGCGCUGGAAGGAACUGCAGUCACACCAUUAUUGGAGCGUAAACCAACAGUGAACUUCAAUACGUUCCAAUGCGCAACAGUGAAAGAAGCUCAAAAUACUGUUGACAAGUAUUUACGUGCUAUUCGUCAAGUGGACACACAACCAAUGUUCAUUGCUGUUCAUUCCAAUGAACAGACAUCGGCACUGAUGAAGGGUGUUCAGUCGUUGAAGGAGUUUCCACUCGUCAGAAUUCAUUGCCCCGAACCGACGAAUUUAUUCAGUGCACUCGACUGGCAACGCAAUGUUCCGCGACGAAUCAUCAAACAUUAUUUCAAUUCAUUCGUUUAUUUGCAUGAUUAUGUUCAAUAUAGUCGUUAUUUGCGGAUACCGUUGGGUAACGUUCCUGCAGACAUAUCGUUGUUUGCUGCGGAUUUGUUCUAUGCUCGACACCUGACGAAAUUCGGUCAUGUUUUGUGGAUAUCACCGUUGAUAAGGCCGGAUUUAGGUGGUAAGGAGUUGGACGAUUGGAGAAUCGGCUCUGACUGGAAUUAUUCGGCCGUGACUGAUCGCCCACCUGCAAUCGUCAACCAUAGCAGGUUAUGCACGGAAGUGUGUGUGGAGUUGGAGUUGGGUGCGGUGACAGUGAAUGCGUUGGUGCACAAUGCGCGCAUCGCGGAUGCUGAGGGUGGUUCGGGAUCGACUGGUUUCCUGUCGUCGGUAUCGUUAUCGGGUGAUGUACUCUGCGGAAAAGUCAAAACGAUCGCGCAGUACGAUGAGGCUGCCUCCGUCUCUGGUGCAAUGAAGGUAUUACGUUCGAUGGUACAAGAAUGUGCGAAAGAUAUUCAUCUGAGUUCAAAUGCAAUCGCCGAUCAACUUAUUGUUAAUAUAUAUCGAUGGAUUCAUUCGCCACGAGCACUUCUCUAUGAGCCAGCAAUCGCGCGUGCCGUCGAUAUUUUAGUGACAAAAUUGUGUUUGUUACUCGUUGCUGAGAUCACUCGUAUGGGUGGUGAAGUGUUGCACGCAUCGCAAACACGAAUGAUCAUUUGCACGAAACGUGCCAAUAAACAACUCGCAACUGCAUUCAUAACGUCGAUGAUAAGCACACUUAAACAAAAUCCUUUAUUUGCUGCUUUGUACAUUUCACCGAUCCACUUUUGGAAUAUUCUUUUAUGGAUGGAUAUUGAGAACUAUGCGUGUAUUGAAUUUGCUGAUGUUGGUGACGAAGAGAACGGUAAGGAGGAUCGUAUAACGUCGAAACUCUCCAUCGCGGAUUUAUUGCCCGAGGAAGCCAUGUGCAAGUCGACAUUUUCACGAAUCCUUCUCGAAUAUAUGCAGACGAUUGCCACUAAAAUGAAAUCUGAGGUGGUGUCUGGUGAAGAGUUGGUGGCUUAUCGAGAGGACUUAAUAAGAAAUGAAAUUAGUGAACGUUUAUUUGCGAUAUUCAGCAAGUUGGCAAUAUACAAAAAAGAUGUCGCAAUGCCCGAUAGGACGGCAUCACGAGAGACACUCCACGAUGCACCUCUGCAACUCGCGAAAUGUAUUAUUCAUUUCUUAUCAUUCGACGAAAAAGUUGCUCAAACCGUUGAUAAGUUACGAAGUCAGUUGCUUCGAUUACUUGGUUACGAUGAUUCAUGUGAAGAGGGUAUGUGGCAUCCAAUGGCUGUUUGCUGCAAUUUAUCACAAGUAUUCUGUGAUGCGUGCAAUCAAUACAAUGAUUUGAAUGCGGUACAAGAAGACGAAUGGAUUUGUGAGAAUUGUAAAAAGGCAUUAUCUGUAAAAAUGAUCGAAGGUCUCCUCAUUGAACGAUUGAAGCAAUUGGCUGUUGCGUAUUCACUGCAAGAUUUUAAGUGUACAAAGUGUGGAUCGAUUCGUAAAAAUAAUUUGAUCCGCUUCUGCGAGUGCAGCGGUAAUUUCCAAGGACUCAUCACCGAAUCAGAGCUAACGUUUAAUCUUGAAAUUUUCGAACGUAUAGCGUGGCGACGUCAGCUGAAAGAGCUUGCUGAAGUGUGCAGA